AUGAUUUACAGUAUAUUGAAGAGUGCCCGUGCAUCUUUAAUCUUAGGGCUGUUAGGCAGUCCUGGUAUUUCUGCUGCCAGCUGUAACUCGGUGGCAAUCACAUCGGUGGCUGAUGCAGACACUCUACGUGGAAAUUGCCAAACCGUCAACGGCACUGUCACAAUCGGCCCUUUCGCCGAAAGCAAAACAACACUGUACAUCAACCUUGACGGGAUUGAAGUGAUUGAGGGAUCCCUGCAAGUCUAUGAGAACAAUUUCAAGAAUAAGUCCGUCGCUUCCGGGCCAUUCGCACUCUCCAGUUCGACCCUUGGAGAGGUUCAAGGGUCUGUGGACUUCGGUAGAGGCCCAAACACGUUAUGGAAUCUCACUCUACCGAACUUGACCACAGUUCAUAAUAAGUUCAUAAUCGACGAUUCCCCAGUCACCUACCUCGACAUCACCGCCUUGGAAUCCGUAUCCUCGUUCACACUCGCAACGAAGAAUCUCACCACGCUCCAACACACCAAAUUCACCAAUUUGACAAAUCUUUCGAUUUCCUCAAAUCGCAUCGGCUCUCUAGACAGCUUCUUCAAUAACCCCAUUGAUAUAUCUGACUCGCAAGCUGUCGGCCCAUUUCCAAAUGUGGAUGGUAUAACUGUCGGGUUCACAUCCGGCUACGUGGGUAUCUAUGCAGCUGUCAAUGUGACACUUGGGGGACCGACAACAACCGAAAUGAAUCUCAGUGACCUUUAUCUCGGUCAAAAUAUUACCGCUCUCAAUCGUAGCCCCGAGCUAGAAUUGCUCACAGCUACAGAGUUGAAGCUAGAAGACACGACUAUGACUCGCUUGGAUGUUGAAUUCGACGAUCUCAGAAUCUUGGGCGUGGGCUCUAGUUCAUACAGUACCCUCGAGGAGAUCCGGUUGCCGUCUCGUGCUGUUAAUUGGACUGGAGGUUUCAACUUUAUCUCCGAGUUUUCACCAAAUCUCAAUCUGUCUUCGCAGUAUGGUACUGAUGAUGAUGGAAAUCGGGUCCAGACGUGGUAUUGGCCGACCAACGUUUCUGUUGUUGUUAUCACUGAUACCAUUGUGGAUAAUGCGUUCUUUGAUACUUUCGUUGCUCAGCAGAUGAAGUCUCUUAAUAACACAUCGACGUUGGAGGAGUUCAUCAUUUAUCCUGGUGUUGGUUCAAAUUUUAGUUGCACUCCUUUUGACACGCUUCGCGAUAUGAAUCGCCUGCCAAGUGGGGCGCAAGCGUACGCUUGUGAGAGCCGGACAACUACAAGUACUGCUAGUAGUGUCUAUUCAAUUCGUGUAUUCAGCCUGACCUGCAUCGCUAGUGUGGUGGCUUGCUUAAUUUUAUUGUAA